GCCUUAGCAUGUGCGUAGAUAAAGGUAUAAAUAGGAUUCCAUUUGUUUACAUUAUUAAUCGUAUUAGUCCUCGAAAAUUAUUGAUUGUACUACAAUGAUGGCACAUGUACAUGCACGCUUUAUACAAUGGUAUUGUUUUGUUACAUCAUGGACCUUGCGGAUAAAAUGUGCGAUCAAAUCAGUGAUGCUAUCUUAGACGCACAUUUGAGGCAAGAUCCUGACGCUAAAGUGGCAUGCGAAACCGUAACAAAAACCGGGAUGGUGUUAUUGUGUGGUGAAAUCACUUCCAAAGCCAAUGUUGAUUACCAGAAGGUUGUGAGAGAGACAGUGAAGCACAUUGGUUAUGAUGACUCCUCUAAAGGUUUUGAUUACAAGACCUGCUGCGUGAUGCUUGCGUUGGACCAGCAGUCACCAAACAUUGCCGCUGGCGUGCAUGAAAACAGAAAUGAUGAUGAAGUUGGGGCUGGAGACCAGGGUUUAAUGUUUGGAUAUGCCACAGAUGAAACAGAAGAAUGCAUGCCUCUCACAGUAGUACUUGCACACAGACUUAACCAAAAGAUCGCAGAGCUGCGGCGAAAUGGUGAAUUCUGGUGGGCUCGUCCAGACUCCAAAACUCAGGUGACAUGUGAGUACGUGUUCGCUGGAGGCGCUACAGUGCCACAAAGAGUUCACACCCUUGUCGUCUCCCUACAACACUCCGAAAAGAUUACACUGGAGACCCUGCGUGAAGAAAUCAGAGAGAAGGUCAUUAAGGAAGUGAUUCCUGCCCACUACCUCGAUGAGAGGACCGUGAUUCACAUCAACCCUUGCGGUUUGUUCAUCAUUGGAGGACCCCAGUCGGACGCAGGGCUGACGGGACGUAAGAUCAUCGUGGACACAUAUGGUGGUUGGGGCGCGCACGGAGGUGGCGCCUUCUCAGGCAAAGACUUCACCAAAGUAGACCGCUCCGCCGCCUAUGCUGCGCGCUGGGUCGCUAAGUCACUCGUUAAGGCCGGACUUUGCCGCCGUUGCAUGGUGCAGGUUGCCUAUGCUAUCGGCGUGGCUGAGCCACUGUCUAUCACGGUGUUCGAUUAUGGCACCUCACACAAGACCCAACAGCAACUACUUGCCAUUGUACAGAAGAACUUCGACCUCCGACCAGGCAAGAUUGUCAAGGAAUUGAACCUGAGGGCACCAAUAUAUCAGAAAACCAGUACUUAUGGCCACUUUGGACGAGAAGGCUUUCCGUGGGAGAAUCCCAAACCAUUGGUUGUAGAAUGA